AUGCUGAUGCAACCUCGCAUCUGCGCAGUUUACCCUUUUUCUUUGUGGCACCAUUUGUCAGCCAAUUUAGUUUCUUUUCUUUUAGAUUUAUGUUAUUUGUGUGAAAUUAUUGUCCUUCAAUUCUUACGGUUCCGUUUGUGUGUCUGUGCUGCAUCGUUCACAGGUAAGCCAUGCCGUCAGUCCCCUCAUCCAAAGAGACCACCGUCAAGCCCCCCGUGUGCCCCCAUGCUGGAAAGCUGCUCAGCCACACCAACGGAGAGGGCAAACUCCGGGAGGGCUCGAACGGGGUUGACAAGCUGCCGGCGGUGGACGCCGAAGAUCCCAACGGAACCAUUCAGAUCAACACAAAGAACGUUGCUUCUGAAAGGACAUGGAUCCGGCCCGACCUCCCCAGUCGCUGCACAUGGAGCCUUGGAGCCUCGAAAGCCGAGUCCCCUCACGCACAAGUCCCAAGAGCCGUCGCUCCAACCAUUCUUCCAAACAUCCUGCACAGGAUCGGUGACACUCCCCUGGUUCGCAUCAACAAGAUCCCCAAAGUGUUUGGACUCAAGUGCGAAUUAUUGGCCAAGUGUGAGUACUUCAAUGCCGGCGGGAGUGUGAAGGACAGGAUCAGCCUGCGGAUGGUGGAGGACGCCGAGAGAGCUGGGCUCCUCAAGCCUGGAGACACUAUCAUAGAGCCCACCUCUGGAAACACUGGUAUUGGUUUGGCCCUGGCUGCAGCUGUGAAAGGCUACCGUUGCAUCAUUGUCAUGCCGGAAAAAAUGAGCAUGGAGAAGGUGGACGUCUUGAGAGCUCUUGGCGCCGAGAUCGUCCGCACACCCACCAGCGCUCGCUUCGAUUCACCAGAGUCUCACGUCGGCGUCGCAUGGCGCCUCAAAAAUGAGAUCCCCAACUCUCACAUCCUGGACCAGUACCGUAACCCCAGCAAUCCUCUGGCUCACUACGACACCACGGCUGAGGAGAUCCUGGAGCAGUGUGAUGGUAAACUGGACAUGCUGGUUGCAGGAGCAGGAACAGGGGGGACAAUCACAGGAAUCGCCCGCAAACUUAAAGAAAGAUGCCCCAACAUCAAAAUUGUUGGUGUUGAUCCCGAAGGCUCCAUCCUGGCGGAGCCCGAGGAGCUCAACAAGACCGAUAAGACCCAGUACGAGGUGGAGGGCAUCGGGUACGACUUCAUCCCAACCGUGCUCGACAGAUCAGUAAUUGAUACCUGGUACAAGUCAGAUGAUGAGGAGUCCUUCAACAUGUCUCGCAUGCUGAUGAGAGAGGAGGGUCUGCUGUGUGGUGGCAGCUCUGGGACGGCCAUGGCAGCUGCAGUAAAUCUCGCCAAAGAGCUGAAGGAGGGUCAGCGCUGUGUGGUCAUCCUGCCAGACUCCGUCCGCAACUACAUGUCGAAGUUCCUGAGUGACAAGUGGAUGGUCCAGAAGGGCUUCCUGAGUGAGGAGGACCUCAUGGUGAAAAAACCCUGGUGGUGGAACCUGAAGCUGCAGGCUUUGAACCUGUCCGCCCCACUCACCGUGCAGCCCACGGUCACAUGCCAGAGGACCAUCAAAAUCCUGAAGGAGAAGGGCUUCGACCAGGCGCCCGUGGUGGAUGAGGCUGGGUUAAUCCUGGGCAUGGUGACUUUAGGGAACAUGCUGGCCUGUAUUCUUGCAGGAAAGAUCAAGGUGUCCGACCCCGUCAGCAAAGUGCUCUACAAGCAGUUCAAACAGAUCCGUCUGAAUGAUAAUUUGGGAAAGUUAUCCCGCAUUCUGGAGACUGACCACUUUGCACUGGUGGUACAUGAACAGAUCCAAUACUUGACGGACGGCUCUCCGUGUCUGAAGCAGAUGGUUUUCGGGGUGGUGACGGCCGUCGACCUGCUCAACUUUGUCACAGGCCGGGAAAGGAGAGAGCGAUCCAUGUCGGAGUCCACCGACGAGCUGAACUAAACCGAUGUUAACCACUUGUACAUUUCUCACGCUUACAUAACAAACAUAAUGAAAAGUUUGGUAGAUGUGUCUUAGACGUGGCAAAUAAUCUUGUGAAGGUUUUUUGAUUUGAGGUUAGCUAUUUAAAAGAAGAAAAUCUGAUUCAUUUUUGUUAUUUUUUUAACUUUAGUAUUAAGCGCUUUUAAGCAAAAAAUAUUAUGCCACUAUGUCAACUUCUUAUUGGGGAACUUAUUAUUUUAAACAGUUGAUCAUUUCUUAUUAUAUGUGGUUGUAGUGCUCAAAGCAAAUCUUUUGAAAUUUGUAACUUGUAGAAAGUCUGAUUUAUUUGUCUGAAAAGAUUGUUUCGCUUUGACCUUUUUGUAUCUAUCAAACAUCCAAUAAAUGACAGAAUAGUAUAAGAGCCACAUUCAUUUAAAGAAUACACUAGUAGAUAGCUGCUGUAUAUAUGUAUUAACUUUCAAGUGCUGCUGUGUUGGUUGCCUUUUCAUUUGUGUAUGCACACAAAAACAUGAAAACAACCGGAUGGUAAUAAUAAUGGUGUUCUUUCCCUUCCCUUUCCUUUAUCGACAGCGCAUGCGAUGUAACUGUAAAGUCGCCUUGACUAUUUAAUCCAAAUGUGUCUGAACUGUUUUGUAUUGCAUCAAUUUUUCCUCAAUGAAUGUGUAUGAUUAAAUAAAGUUUAAAGGAAUUCUUUGACUUGGA